AUGGCCGAUAAUAACUUGGUCGAUCGACUAGCCCUUAUCACGGGUGCAUCUGGAGGAAUAGGAUCAGCGUGUGCUCGUGCAUUUGCAGCUGAAGGUGUUAAUCUUGCGCUCACAUAUUCUACUUCCAAAGAUGCCAUUGAUAAACUCCUAGAUGAAUUACGUCAAACAUCAUCAGGGGAAGAUCUUCGAAUCUCUAUUCAUCAAGUGGAUAUGGGUUCCCCAGAACAAAUCUCGGGUCUCUUUGAUGAGAUCAAACGUGAUCAUGGGGGUCGCACAGUAGAUAUCUUAAUAUCAAAUGCUGGUUAUGGAAAGAGAAUUGUAGAUAUAUCAGACAUCCCAUUGGAGGAAUUUGACUAUACCCUCAACAUCAAUUUGAGAGCCUCGUUCAUAUUAGUUAAGGGCGUAGUGGAAGGGAUGAAGGCACAAAAGUGGGGGAGAAUUAUCUUUAUAUCGAGUAUAGCUGCUUAUGGAGCUGGACUCAAUGGUUGCCACUACGCUGCUUCGAAAGGUGGUCUUACGUCUAUGAUGAAGAACUUAUCACUUCACCUUGCCGAGUACAAAAUUACAGUCAAUGAUGUGGCACCGGCAAUGAUUGGCAACACAGGUAUGAUUCCAAAUGCCGAUGUUGCUCCUGGUUUACUUGAUGCAAUUCCACUACAUCGAUUGGGCACUCCAGAAGAAUGCUCGAAUGCAGUUAUGAUGUUUGCAAAGACUGGAUACGUUACUGGUCAGAGCUUGUUGCUUGCAGGAGGGUUAAAUCAUAAGUAG